GUAGUGAAUGCUCUCGUUGUGAGGAAAACGUGUGGGGGUCUGAGCGGAGGUCCGAGAGGUCAGUCAGGCUGCGAGCCUGAAGGAGAGGUGCAGGCAGGUCAGAAAUGAAUGCCUUGCACGCAGGGAUGCUCGCAGUCCUUGCCCAGAGAUUCCACUUUAGGCAACUUUUUUCACAGCCAUAAAGAGCUGAUAAUUGUCUCAUUUCCUAUCUGGCAGAAUGCCUCUUCAAAACUAAUUGUUAAUCGAUAUCGUGUAGUAAGUGCCGGAGUAGUAUAAACUUAUUGCCUUUUGAUGGAUGUGGUGUCAAUUGAAACAUGGUGGCAAGCAGUGAUAAGCCAUGGGAAGCAGGCUGCCCUGCUUGGGGAUGGGGAUCUAGUGGUGAAAAAGAGUCUCUCAGGACUUUAUUUCAGUAAUGUUUUUAUUGACUAGAUCUUAUGGUCAUUGUGCUUUGGACUUUUUUUCCCCUUAAUUUUAUUCUUAAAGUUUACUAGAAGUCUACUAAAAUACUAGGAAAAAGACUCAUUCAUUCUGUUGGCAUAAUCAGUUCUUUGAAGAGAUAUGGUUCUUGAUGCUACAAGUUUGUGAUUUAACAUUUCUUCCUUCAACUGGUGACUGCUUUGUGUCUGCUUCAGAUAGAGCUUUCUGUUGGUAGUGUCCUUAUGUUUCUGUCUAAGUGUUUUCUGUUAAAUACAGUUUAGUAGUAUACAGUGAAGCAGUGAAUGGGGGCUUGAAAUUGUGGAGGGAUGCUGCAAAAUGCAAGACACACAUGUUUUGCUGCACUAGAAUCUAUCUGAAAUCUUACUCUAGGUUAUUCAUUCCCAGGAGAAAAACCUCAUCUGGAUUGGGGUGUGCCUGAAGACUACCAUGUUUAACUUGCUGCUGAUACAAGUCAGAAUCUAGACUUGGGCUCAGUUUAGGAUAAAAUUCACGCUGGUAUGAGGGAAUUAUUUAGCUGGUGUUUUUCUGUGACCCUUAAAUACAGUUAAUCCUGAAGCAGCAGAAAGGUUUUUUCUAAAGCAAGAAAUGACUAGGAAAAAAAAUUCUAGGGCAGUUCAUUGGGAUGGACCAUAUGAGAUGGCGUGCUGUAGAGCGUGGAUGGGCACAGAGUUGAUGAGAAGAAAAGAAGUAUAAGGCAAACUAUCGGCAGAUCAAAGCAAUUGGUUUGAGUACCUCUGCACACCACAAAGUGGAGGAGGGACUUCCCUCUUCAGUGUGUUGGCUCCUGGUGAUGUUCUUGUAUUCCUGUUUUGCGUCUGUAGUACUUCCAAUUAUACCUUACUUUCCAUGUCCGAUCUUGCUGGUCUGAUGAUCCCUUGUAGAUAUUCUGCUGUCAUCUUAAGCCCAGUUUAGCUAAAGUACGAAUUUUUGUUUGCUCUUGUACUCUUACUGGUGACUGGAAACUUCACUAUUUGCUUUAUUCUGCAUUUGUACUUUUGAUGGAAGGAGAGAAGUAGCAUUUCCUCCAGAGGAGGGUGACAGGGUAAAAUUUAGUCCAGCUGAAACUAAGAAGGGGAAAAUAAAUGAGAAGUCAUAGAAAAAGCAAGCUGAAAGGUGUCAAGGACUGACUUAUUCAGAGACAGAUCUCUCUGCUGCCCUUGUUCCCCACUCAGGUUAGCUUGUGUGUUCACCUCAGCCUAAUGUUAGCUGUUGUAUCAAAUGCUGCUGAUCAGGGAGUUGCCAUCACUGGGAACAACACUUUCAACAACUGGAACUGGCCUAAUGCUGUGAUCUUUGCUGCUACUGUAAUCACUACAAUCGGUUACGGAAAUGUUUCUCCAAAGACACCCUCUGGGCGUCUCUUUUGCAUAUUUUAUGGGCUCUUUGGAGUUCCUCUGUGCUUGACAUGGAUCAGUGCUCUGGGGAAGUUCUUUGGAGGACGUGCCAAGAGGCUAGGCCAGUUUCUGACAAAAAGAGGAGUAAGCCUGAGGAAAGCACAAAUUACAUGCACAGCUAUUUUCAUUGUUUGGGGUGUCUUGGUCCAUCUGGUUAUUCCUCCUUUCGUCUUUAUGGUGACUGAAGGAUGGGAUUACAUUGAAGGUCUCUAUUACUCGUUCAUUACUAUCACUACCAUAGGAUUUGGAGAUUUUGUUGCUGGUGUAAAUCCAGAUGCAAACUAUCAUGCCCUUUACAGAUACUUUGUGGAGUUGUGGAUCUAUCUGGGACUAGCCUGGCUUUCACUUUUUGUCAACUGGAAGGUCAGUAUGUUUGUAGAAGUCCACAAAGCAAUCAAGAAACGGAGAAAAAAAAGAAAAGAGUCAUUUGACAGCCAUCCUCGGUCUAAGAAACCCCUUCAAAUGGGUGCCUCAAAGGAUGUGAACAUUUUCAGCUUCCUUUCAAAAAAGGAAGAGACCUACAAUGAUCUGAUUAAGCAAAUUGGAAAGAAGGCCCUGAAGACAAACAACGACAAGAUGAUUAAAGUAGAAAAUACCAAACAAAAUAUGCAGAAUGCCAUUAAAGAUGCUCAGGUGACUUACACAAAGUCAGAGGCAUUUGAGUAUGAUGAGUCUUCCCUGGACAUUCAAAAUGAUCAUGUUUUGAGACAUCUGCAUGAUAAACGUAUUGGAGACAGUCCUAUUGAAGGAACCAUGUUUGUAAACCAGCUAGACAGGAUAAGUGAAGAAGAAGGUGAAGUAUGGGAUUCCAGAGACUAUCGACCCUUAAUAUUUGAGAAUGCCAAUAUAACAUUUGUAAAUGAGGAUGAUGAUGAAGAGGAAGAUAUUUCAGAUGAUGAGGAAACUUCAAAAUCCUCUAUGGAUGAUAAUACUGUAGAGGAACCUGACACUGCAAAAAACCUAGUAAAAUUCUCAUCGUCUGAUGAAUCUACCUUUACCAACAAUGAGCUAGAACUUUCUGUGCCUUAUGAACAACUGAUGAAUGAAUAUAAUACAGUAAGCAAUGUGAAGGCUGCAACGUGAAGUGAGCUUGGUAGUGGUUUUCUGAGAAUGAUCAAUGCAUAUCAAAGAAAUUAACAGAGCAAGGAGAAAAGCAUGUUUUUGCAGCUUCUCCUAUCUCUUUGAAAGCAAAAGCAAGUCCCAAACUAAUAACCUCUAGUGUCUUUUUCCCUGUCUUAAGUUGGUUUAUGAGCCCAUACGCUAUGUUUAUCUGAAAAGACUUGUAAAAUACCAGUUGAAUUAGGAGUCCUACUCCUUCUUGGAAUGUUAUGGUUCUCAAACAAAGUAGACAAAAAAAGACUAGUUAAUACACUGGACCUGCUCUGCGUUUAUGCAUUUCAUUGAGGAAUUAGUUUGGGAGUAUAACUACACAGUUGCAGAGAGAUUGUUUCAGGCAUCAAAUGUGCUCGGUUACUCCACUAGCCCUUCACCUCUGAAAACCUGGUUUUAAGUAACGCUUUGAUCAGAAAUGGAACCAAGAGAUUUGCUUUUUAAAAAAGCUACUCAUUGUUACCACAAAAAAAAAUGGCGAAACCACAAGUGGUUCUUGAUGAGAAACUUUAAAUGGAACACUAGAGACAAACAGAUCUGAGCUGAGGUGUGCUGGCAGACUGAGGAGGAAGCUUUAAAACAUCUGUCUAGAAUAUGUCUGUGCUUGCCAAAUUGUAAUUUUGUGAAUAAAAUAUUAAUAUUUAAAAUUCCAUGGAAUGGAUUGAGAAGGAGCUCUCUAACAAGGAAGAAAUAUCUGGGAUGAAGCUUACCAGUUGGGCUGCUAAACUGCAACUCAGCCCCAGAACUGUUGAAGAGUAAGGAGACUGGAGGACCUACUGAUCAAAGCAUGUAGGAGCACAAACAAAAUGCAACUUUUUAAUGUUGAAAGUGUCCUUCCACUGUCCAUUUCCUAGAGAAAAUACUUGAAUGAACUUUGUACAGUAUCUAUGUGCAGUUGAAGUUUUAGUGAUGCUGUUCAUCUGAGGGUAACAAAUUGCCUUUGGAGACAUAGAUAUUCUCCAAACGCCCUAAUGCCUGUCAGAAUAGACUUGUAGCACUACUGCUGAUGUGUGCAGUGUGUUAGUCAGUAUUGUUAUUUGGUGUUCCUCCCAGCCUUGGUACUUCAGACUAGACUUGAAUGAGAGAUGAUUUUUGAAACAGUUGAUUAUAAUUUGCUUAUUUAAUUUGUUUUAAAGCUUGACCUAUGUGCAUAUGCAAUGGUUAUUCUAUCCUACUUUCAAGAAUGCUGAACAAUGUCAAAUCUUGUGCAAAACUGUGAUAUGAUCAAGUGAUUUAAGGACUUAAGUCACUUUUUAAAAGGGACUUUGGCUCUAAACUCCUGAAAGUAUUUGGGUUGGAAAUGGGCUUCUAAUUGAGAAGGAGUUCUCUCUUUUAAUAAUGUUUAAGCCCAAAUUAUUUUGGCUACAAAGAAAAUUAUACUAUGGUUUUUAUUUUUCUUUCUUUUUCUGUACCAUGCAUUAACCCUGACAGGUCUCACAAUCGUGGUUCUUGAUUAUGUGCUGGCAAAAAGAACUGGCUAUGGUUAUAUCUGAUAUACUUGGAACAGAAAAUAGCCAAGGCCUUUGAACCUUAAUAUGUCUAGUUCUGUUGUUCUGUAUAUUUCACUGUAUUUAUGUCAUUGCUGUAUGUCCUAAAGUUUUCAAAGUUCAGUGAACAGUUAGAGGUUGUCUCAUUCUCAUUUUCAGUGUAAUGCUGGCAGACUUGCUAGCUUUGUAAGAAGAGCUUACAGAAUCUUGCAGUGCUGAUCUUUAAUUAUUAGACUUUUCUAAUAACUGCAGAUAUUGGCUGCAGCUUCAAUUGCUGGACUGUCCUUUGGAAACUGGCACUCUGGAUAUCCUGUUGACAAGAAGUUUAGAAGUCAUGACUGUGAAACAAGGGACUGUCUUAAUUCUUUUCUUUUCAGAAUCUUCCAUGUAUAUGAGAUUUCUCAAAUACAGAGUGAACUGUCUUACUGACAAAAAUGUGGAAUUGGUGUAAUUGGAGUCAGUUGUUAAUGUGUAUUUGAUUGGUGAAGGGAGAUUGUAAUUUCAAAUCCAACUGUGUUAUGUUAUUGCCAUUUGGAACAGGAGUGGCUGGAUGAAUUUGACUUGUGCUAUAAAGAAGAUUCUGAUUUAAUUCUAAUUGACUCCCCCACCACAUACACACCUCUGCAUUGUUUUUAAAUGACUCCAAGCCCUCCUUCAACUUCUUUUAUAUCUGAAGGAGCGUGGUUGACAGCUGUACCUUGUAGCUGUAAGAAAUGUGAGAUAAGAAGGCAUACCUGGUACAGCAGCAAGUCUAGCCUUUUUUCUCAUUUUCUUUCCUUUUCUUUUCUUUUUUUUUUCUUUUGAGAAAAUGAGAAAGCACUCCAUAUAGCUUUUUUGUUCUCCAAUUUGUCUUCCAUUACUGAUGCAAAGAUCGAAGUUUUAGCAACAAUUAGUAAGCUCACGACAGUAAGGAGAGAAUAACCUUGCUGAAAUUGUAUGAAAUGGAAAAGCAUAGUCAAGGUUUGAUCUUCAUUUCAAGAAAGUGAAUAAAUUUCUGUUUAAUACAGAAAUAAUACAACCCAGAUAUUUGGCUGGGCUUUGUCUGGGAGGGAUGUUGCACACUGGAACACAGACUCUCCAUUCUCUGUUGCAAAGUGCUGCACUUGUGUGCCAGAGCUGAGAAUGGUUGGUAUCUGUUUCAUAUUAUCAAGUUAGAUGUGGCUCUUUGGCCUUUCCAAGUGUAGUCAACGUAGACUGUGAGUGUGUGUGUAUAGUGGGAUUUAAAGUAAUGGUUUAAAUUUAUUUUAAAAAGAACAAAAUUCCCACUUUUUUGGGGAAACAUGAUCACACCUCACAAAACUGUUCUCAAGACAUCCCAUCACGUGCCUUAAUGCAGUCCUACUACUGGGAGAAAGGCAAAUUGUUUUUACACAGGGGCCAACACAAUUGGUCUUGUUAAGCCCUGCUUAUUUUCAGUGUUUUGGAGGGUUUUGUUUGGCACACAGCUUUCAUGCUGGCUCUCUCCAAAAAUUUGAACCAUUUCCCAGGGUUUUUAAAAUUAUGGUGCCAUCACAGAAGUACUGAAGUGCAAUGCCAGACAGCUUUUUGUCUGCCUGUCUUCCAUGUCUUGAGAAAAGUGAUGUAGAGGAGUGUCCAGGCUGGAUUUUAAGUUGUUCAGCCUCUCAAGUGCCUCUGGUUAAUUUGAAUGAACUCCCCAGUGCUACUCCAUAUAGUUUUGUAGUUAUUUUAUCUGGUCAAUCUGGAAACAUUUUCUUUGGAUGCCACAUAAGAUUUCAUUUGACUAACUAGUAGUGAUGUUAGCUGAUCUCUUAAUGCAAUUUAAUUACUUCUUAUAGGUGAGGCAGAUCUCUUGCUGGAAAGAGGAGUUUAUUUAAAAAAACAAAACAUUUAAAAGCAAUAUAGAAAAUAAAUGGAAUGGAAGUGCAAACUCUUCUUUCUGGUUAUUGCCUACAAGUAGACUGUAUUCUCAGUUGCAUCGUGUGAGGCAUGAGUCUACUUCCCCAACAGUAACUUGCUAAUUUUACCAAGAUAAGCCAAUUCAUUAAUAAAUAAAAUCUGGAAACAUGACAACAAAAGUUUGUUCCUAAAAAGGUCCUUUUUAAUAUUAUAGACCAGGUGACUUCAUCCUUCACGCCAUCAAUGUGUCACUUCUUGCUUUUGUCCUAUGCUAUUGAAGCCUGUUUUUAGCAGGAGGGCGGCUUUUUCAGAUACAAAUCUCACGACAGGAAUCUGACAUAUCUGAUGACACUGGUACGAAAUUGCUAAGGAAAUGCAAGAAGUGGUGUGUUACUUUUUUCCUGAACUAAUGCUUUUUGAAUCUGUUGCUGGCAAUGGAUUUCAGAAAACAUACAGAAAUAAAACCAUAGAUUGAUAACAGAUCCAUGGUGACACAGUUGUAUACUGUGAGAUAUUUUUCUCCAGUUGAACUGAGAGAGUAAAGUAGAAACAGACAAGCAUUGCUGAUGAGGAGAGCAAAAAGCAAUAUACAAGUCAGUUGACCUGAACAGAAAACCAAGAAUUCUGUUGUAGACUUGUAAUUUUUGUGCCUCGUGAGAUUCAUUCCACUUGUGAUGGAUUUGUGUUUUAAAAAAAUAAGCUUGUCUUUCAUAUGGCUUUUGAAGUUUGUAUAGUUCUUUCUUUAUCACUCCAUAAUAUGCCUGUCUGUUCUUUGUUGCUGAUUGUCACUGGAAUCACACUGUAUGUAAAUAUUUGCUAAGUCUUUUAAAAUGUAAUUUAUUUUAAUAUUUUGCAAUAAAAAUUUUAACAUUUA